AUGACUUCUCCUGAUUCUGACACAGAAGCGGAAUUUGUGCAGUUUGUUUGUUUUCGCACCGCUGGACCCGUUCCAGUAGACUUAUUUCAACAGUCCUGGAUACCAUUUGCUGAAGAGUUCUUCGCUCGUGGUAUAAAAACAAUGAUCUUGUCCGAGAAGCUACCAUUAAGCGGUGAUCUAAGCCCUUACAAAUUCAUUGCAAAAAGUUACUGGGCCUCGAUAACAGCGGUCAAACUAACCUUUGAAAAGGGCUUACCAUCUCCCUCUAGCAGAGGUCACAUAACAGCUUCACAGGUAAAUAUGGUUUAUAUCAUUUUAAGGGGGCUGCGUCACAAGGAUAUUGCUCUUUUAGGUCGAUUCUGUGCUUAGGGCCUCUUCAUAUGAGCCCGGUUUCGGAGAUCUCGCGCGCCUUACCUCUAAAUCGUUUGUAAAAGUUUCGAUGUGUUCAUAUGAGAGGGCGGGCUAGCUCUGUUAUCGAGAUCUCGGUAAUCGGGCUUGAAAUUUUGCCACACUUCAGUUAACUCUGAUGAAAACGGGAUGAAUUCUUGCGAAAUCUCCGCUAUUUUCUCAAGGAACUUGUAAGUUUUAUAAAUUUAUUUUAUUUUCAGAUGUGAAGUGAUGGUAGGGGGAAAAAAGUAAAAUUCUUGAACACUUAAGGUUAACGAUAGGGAUUUGUGUUAAACGUUUUUAGGAUGACAUUUUCCUUCAUUUUUCAGGGUGGGAUAUUUAAGCUCGUGCACACGGCCAAAGGAGAAACAAACGCCAAGCACAAUGUCAUCUACAAAGUUGGUUUCAAAGCAUUUACAAUGAUUCCGACGCUAGAAGAAUCUCUUACAAAGGAGAAAGUCCUAGAUUACGCUGACUAUCUUCACGGUCUUAAGGGCUUUGAAACGUUAGCGGUCUAUAAAUUACAUGAAUGUUCUGGGCCGAUUAAAGAAUGGCAUUAUGACUGGAUAAUUGAGGCAUUUUAUAAUUCCGUUAGCGUGACAGAAGAGUCAAUACUAAAAGACUUGAUAAACUGCCCCAUGGUGGACAAAACGUGGGAGUUGAGCAUACAUAAGGACUACAUACAAAUGACGGCUUAA